CAAGAUCUGCCCUAGGUGAGCUCCCGGCACAUCCGCGUUAGGACCGGGAGACACGCCUUCUUCUCGCCCAGACCUUGCAGAUCCCCGCGGCUCGGCCGACCCAGGGGUGGUGCUACCAGUCCUGCCACCGGCAGUCCCGACGGGCAGGGGCCGGGGACCCAUCCCGAGCCACAGGCUGGAAAGCGGGGAGCCGUCCCCAUGAGUGGCGCCCGGUAGAGCGGAUCCCGAGCGGCCGCUGGCGUGGACAAGCCCCGGGGCUCACGGGCUUGGGGAAGGGAAAGGAGAUUUCUGAAACCCGACACCCGGCCCUCUUCGCGAGGAAACUUCGCCGGCUGAUGUGUUUUAUGGAAUGCAUGAUGUAGAGACAGACCACAAAACCAUUCUAGUUACUGUCACAGAGGACACAAUGCCUGCCGAGUCCAUCACUAUGACCGAUGGGGACUAUGACUAUCUGAUCAAACUCCUGGCCCUUGGAGAUUCGGGGGUGGGGAAGACGACAUUUCUUUAUCGAUACACAGACAAUAAAUUCAAUCCCAAGUUUAUCACCACUGUAGGGAUAGACUUCCGGGAAAAACGUGUGGUUUAUAAUGCACAGGGACCCAAUGGAUCAUCAGGGAAAGCAUUUAAGGUGCAUCUUCAGCUGUGGGACACUGCAGGACAAGAACGAUUCCGGAGCCUCACAACUGCAUUUUUCAGAGAUGCCAUGGGUUUCUUAUUAAUGUUUGACCUCACCAGUCAACAGAGCUUCUUGAAUGUCAGAAACUGGAUGAGCCAACUGCAAGCAAAUGCUUAUUGUGAAAAUCCAGAUAUAGUAUUAAUUGGCAACAAGGCAGACCUGCCAGACCAGAGGGAAGUCAAUGAAAGGCAAGCCCGGGACCUGGCUGACAAAUACGGCAUACCAUAUUUUGAAACAAGUGCAGCAACUGGCCAGAAUGUGGAGAAAGCCGUGGAAACCCUUCUGGACUUAAUAAUGAAGCGAAUGGAACAGUGUGUAGAGAAGACACAAGUCCCUGACACCGUCAAUGGUGGAAACUCGGGAAAGCUAGAUGGGGAGAAACCAGCAGAGAAGAAAUGUGGCUGCUAGUCCCUGCAUAGGAACUGAUCAUCAAAAACCCCACCCAAAUAUUACUUCCCAAAACAGCGGCAAACCACAAAAUUGUUGUUGAGUAGACCAUGCAUACUGGCAUAUCUUGCUUUUCUGCCUGAAAAAAUCUAUUUUAAGAAACCAGAAUAGUCAACAGUGUUCAAAGGAUUGACCAGUUGUCUCUGAGGCCCCUCCAAACAAGAUCAGAGAUUUCCUAAUGUGGUCUCACUGUGAUGGAUGCUCAAUUUGUGUGUGUGUGUGUUUUUAUAAAGAAGAUGAGUAGAUAAGAAAGUAUUCAAGAUGAUUAUCUGUGAGUUUUAAAUCACAACAAAAAUUACCAUGUCACAUGGGGGAAAGGGAUAGGCCAGUAAAGGGAAAAUAUAGAAAGACAAUUUUUUUCUUAAAGAUUGCAUUUACUUCUCAUAUAGAAUUUGAUUUGUCCUUUUAGUUUUGCAUUGGAGGGACAUAUUUAGCUAAAAAUGGGUACCCAAUAAAGAAAUCUAAAUCGAUCGUUAAGAAUGACAUGGCUAUGUACACCCAAUAAGCUGUCCUAGGAUGGCUUAAUUGCUGAUAAGUUGAUGAGAAUGUGAAAGUCAGACUUCUGCUAAAAUAUGGGAGAUUGUAUAUUAAUGUCCUUUUUAUAUUCUUAAUAAAUGGCAAAUGGACAAGAACAGGACUGUGAAUGACAAAGUACAAAAGAAAUGCCCUGGAAGAAAAAUGAACGUAUGAUAACAUGGCAUUUGGACAAAUGAAAUUAAAUGUGUCUGUUACAGAUGUCUGGAAGAGUCAUUUAGCCAAAUUUCACCCAAGCCAAUUAGAAGUUGACAUUAUCACUUGGGAUUAAGAGAAUCUCCAGAGGUUUCCCUUUCAAACAAAAUUUUGGAAAUCAGUUCAUUGUUCAGUCUCACGUUUCAUUUUUCUUAGCAAAUGGUCAUGAGGAGAAAUUAAAGGUUGCCAAAUUUCUUUAUUUCUUUAGAAAUGCAGUCAAGAAAAACUAUUUAGACUUUCUUGUUUUUUUUAGAUGAAAUAUGUCAGCAAUAUGAAAACAAAAAGUGACUAAUAGUUGUGCGUUUCUUUUUAAUUUACAAAAACAAUGGAAACUUGGAAUCACUUUUCUACCCUCCACACCCACCCCUGGCUUUGAAUCAAUUGUAAAAAUACAGGUGUAUCACUUUGUAGAGCAACAACGUCAGAAUGAUGGAUGGUUUUAUGCUCGCUCUGAAUUUUCAUGGCAUUCAUCACAUAAAAAUUGAUGAUACCUCAUGCCAUAAAACAAUAUAUUUAACAUUUGUUUUCAUUUCGCCUCAGGCAAAAUACCCACCUUUGAGGUAUAUUUGGGGGUAGGGAAAGAGUGGAGCUAUAUCUUAUCUCUAAAAAGUUGGUUAAUCAUUUUAUUUUUUCACAUAAAACUGCCUUUUUUU